UUCAAGAAGUAUUUUUUUAAUGCUAUUUAAGAGAUGGCGUUAAUCUUCAGUUCUUAUUCUAUUUUAUUUUUUAAAAAAAUGUCAUUGAUACUCAAGAGAUUAAUUUUUAUUGUAUUUUUUAUUUUUUUUUGUAUUAUUUUUUAUUUUUUUAUUAAGUUUUAUUUGCAAUACUCUAGAAGUUACAACAUUAAUUUCAAUAUUUUGUUAUCUCUAGUUUUUUUUUGAUUAUUUAUUUUCUUAUAUUAUAUUUGUUCUGUAAUAUUUAUGCGAAUAAAAAAUAGUUCCGAUAUCUGAUUAACUUUAUUAUUCUUUUAUUUAAUUUAUUAAUUAAAAAUUUUAAAAAUCGUCGAUAUUUUGUUGCUCAUCAAACAUUUAUAAUUGUAUAUUAACACUACAUAUAAAAAAUUAAUUUAUAGCAUUUAUUAAAAUUUAUUUAAAAAAUUAUUAAUAGCAUUAUAUUUAAAUCCAUUUUUAUAAUCUUAAAAAUAUUUAAAAUUAUUAUUAAAUAUUAUUUUCAUAAAAUACAAGUAUAAUAUUUUAAUUUAGAUCAAAUAAAUUUAUUUACUAUUCAUAACCGGAUAUAUUAAACAUUAAUUUUUUAUGAUCUAAUUUAAACAUAUUUUUACAUAUAUUUAAACAUAAAAUUAAAUAUUAGAUCUUUUUUAUAUCUCUGAUUUGUAUGUGAAUAAAUAUUUUCUUUAUAAUUAAUAUAUUUAAUUAUAGUAAUUGUAAUAAUGUAAUAAUUGAACAAAUUUAACUUUAUGCUGAACAAAUUUGAUAAUAUCUAUUUCGAAAUUUGUCCGCUAGAUGUUUUUACAAUUGUCGAACUUUCCUUUCUAUAGAUAAAACUGGAAAUAACCUCAUAUCCUGUACAAAAGAUUACAAUGUUUUUAGUUUUGUGAGGUUACAACUAUUUAUAAAAUGAGCUAUUUCGUUGUGUGCUAUUUAAAAUGGUGAAAUACGGUUUAAUAUUAUUAAACACAAGAUAAUUCAUUACUUUAAUAUAUUUUUAUUAUCAGUAUUAAUUAACAAUUUCCAGAGAAAUUUCUAUUUCACAAUGGAACAAAUACUUAUGUAAAAUAAAUAACCCUUAGGUUAAUUUUAAUUUACUCAUUUUCAACUAUGGCUCUCUUGGGAGCUCAGUUAGUUAUCACACUUAUUAUGGUCAGUGUCAUUCAAAAAUUAACUCCACAUUUUUCUUUAGCAAGAUGGAUUUUAUGUUCUACUGGGUUGACACGUUAUUUAUAUCCAACUGAUCAGCAACUUAGAAUUCUUGCUGGUGUACCAAAAGAAAAAUCUAAGAAAGGCAAACAUACAGAAAAUGGAAAAGUUAAAGAAGUUUUUCAUGUUCCUAGAAAUUUAGAUAUUACGCUUGAGAAUACUAAAAUAACUAUAUUAGAUGUAGUGCAUUUAAAAUAUUAUACAGAAUAUCAGUGGUUAUUAGAUUUUUCUAUUUAUGCUACUGCAGUUUAUGUUAUGACAGAGAUAUAUAAUUAUUUAUAUCCAAUCAAAGAUGAAAUUAAUCUAAGUAUGCUUUGGUGCUCAUUAGUUUUGGGUUUUGCAUUCAAAGUAUUACUUUCCUUGUGGAUACAAUAUUUUAAAGGAGAAGAAAGCAUAGGUGAAAGAUCUACAUGUAUUGUAACUGGAUUUGCUUAUCUUCUUAUAGCUAUGACAAUUUUUAUUGUUGAUGAAAAUAAUCUUGAAAUUGGAUUAGAUAAAGCUUAUGCAAGUUUCAAUCAUAGUGCAUCUCUUUUUUUAAAUAAUCAAGGUCUUUCUUCUACAGGACCUGCAUCAAAAAUUAUAGUAAAAUUCUUCCUUGCUUUGUGGUGUGGUUUACUUGGUUCCUUGUUUACUUUUCCAGGUUUAAGAAUGUCAAAAAUGCAUUGGGAUAUAUUAAGAUAUUAUAAAAAUCAGAAAUUAUUAUUAUUAAUAGCAAACAUCAGUUAUGUUUCUCCACUUUUAUUAAUAAGUUUAUGGAUUAAACCCAUAAGCAGAGAUUAUCUCACUAUUCGAAUAUUUAGUGGUAUGAGUGGACCAUUGAUGACAACUUCAACUUUUGAAAGUAUGAGAUUAAUUGCAAUUAUUGUUGCAGUUUUAUUAAAAUUUUUAUUGAUGCCAAUAUAUUUACAAUCAUAUCUCAAUUUAGCUAUGCAAAGGUUAGAAAAUCAAAAAAAAGAAGCUGGUAGAAUUACAAAUAUAGAUUUACAAAAAAAGAUUGCUGCAGUAUUUUAUUAUUUAUGCGUUGUAGCUUUACAGUUUAUUGUUCCGAUAAUUAUAUGUUUAUUUUUUACAUUCAUGUAUAAAACUUUAGGUGAUUAUACAUGGGAAGGACUUUUGAAAGCCUCAUCACUUGAAGAAUGCCCAGCUGAUGAACUACCAAAAUUUAUAUCAGAUGUAAUAAGUGAUUAUGAUAACGAAAAAACUGUUGUGCAAACAGCACAAGAUUUUCAACUUACUCUAAGUUCCUUAAAACAGACUUCUAAUAUAUUUUUAUACAGAUAUUUACUGUGGAUGUCUAUAGAGGAUUAUUAGGUUUAGCAACAUGGUGGAGUUGUUUUUCAUUAUUUGCAACUACCGCUAUGGGUAUGUUUUAUCAAUCAUAUUUCUCUAAUAUGUAAAACAAUAUUAUAAAAAAGAAUCUCUUCGCACAAAUUUAUGUCAUGAUCAAUAAAUUUAUCAAUAGUAAAAUUAUUGAAAUAUUUAUAAGAGAAAUAUACCUAUUUAAGGUAUGCACAAUAUUGGUUAUUUAAUGAAAAAAAAUUAAUACUAUUAUCAAAAAUUUUAUAAUAUGCAUAGCAAUAAAAAUUUUAUUAUUAUAACAUAUAUAAAUAUUAUAUCAAAAUUAAAAUUACAAAUAGACAAUUAUAUCUUUGUAUUGCAAAUUUUUUAUUGGAUAUUAUAUUAUAUAACAAUACAAUACAAUGUUUAUAUAAAAAUUUAGAAAAACAUUUUGUAAUAUAAAGUACUGCAAAUUAUUGAAUACAAAAAAGUAUAAAAUAUUUUCAAAACAAAUUUAAAAAUGUUUUACAAUAAAAAAUAAAUAAGGCUUCCAAAUAUGUGCAAAACAUGAAUAAAUCAAAACACUGCCUGUAAAAUAAUUUAUUUAAUAUUCCAUACACGAUUAACUGAUUACAAUGAAUAACUCAUGCGUGUAUCAAUUCUAUAUCAAAUGAAAGCAACUUUCAUCGAUGUUACACAAUUAUAAACGAAUUAAACAAAAAUGUUUCACUUA